AUGGAGAAACUGGUGAGGUGGCGGGUUCUGGGUCUGGUCAAGGCUAGAGUACCGUGGGGGUCGCUCUCUGUCGGGCCACAGGCGGGAUGUUACAUUUAUGGACGGAGGAAGUAUUUUCUAAUAAUACGGCUUUCGCAGAGCCACGUACCAGAGGUGAAGGGUAGAAAAGCUCUUCGAUGUGUUUGCGUCAACCGUGUUCGCUUGAUCACGUCAGUUCAAAAAGCUCAAAGCUGCUGUCUCCUGUCUGGCCGGUCUACAGACUAUAAUCCAGUGUUCAGGCAUCAAGGAUUCAAUCUUUCAAGAAAAAAGAAGGAUGAUGGAUAUAAAGCUUUUGUUAAAAAUGGUUGGAAUGGUUUUCAUAGAAAACAAAGGCUCAAAGAUCAUGUGGGUGAUGUUGGUGGCACACACUAUCUAGCAAUGAAGAAGUGUGAUGAUUUGUUACAAACAAGACAACAUAUUAAUGUGGCUUUCCGUGGUGUAAAUGAAAUCAAGGUACUAGAAAUUGUGGAAAAUGAUAAAAAGGAAUGGAAAAUUAGAGAUCAAGGAUCAAAUCUUCUAGAGUAUUUCCAGUCUUUUGACUCCGUCUUCUAUUUGCAUCUCAUGUUAACUAUAUUAGGAAUCACAAAUACCUUGUCAUUAGCACUGCAGCGGAAGGAUCAUGACAUAGUGAAUGGUAUUAAAUGUGUGAGAGCCACUAGACGCCAAUUGGAUGAGCUUAGAAGAGAAAAGUGGGAAAAACUAUUAGUUGACGUGUAUGGAUUUUGUGAGAAGAAUGACAUUUCUAAAUUGGAAAUGGAAGAUGAAUAUAUUGAUCCAAAGAAGAGGAGGCACAAAUCUGGAAUUACAAACAAGCAUUACUAUCAAGUAGAUUGUUUCAAUGAUAUUAUUGAUUGGUUACUUCAAGAGCUUGACAGCCGCUUCAAUGAGACAAGCUCUCAAUUGCUUGUAUGCUCGGCCUCUUUGAGUCCAAGAGACUCAUUUUGUAAUUUUAAUGUGGACAAUUUGUUGAGCCUAGCAAAGCUCUAUCCACAUGAUUUUGAUUCUGGGGAUUUGAGGGACCUUAACAACCAACUUGGCCUCUACACAUUUGAUGUGAGAGAUGGUGAUAGGUUCUCCAACAUACAAACUGUUGCCGAGCUUUCUCAGAAAAUGGUGAAGACUAGAAAACAUGAUCGUUAUCCACUGGUUUAUCGACUUCUGAAGCUUGUAUUAGUACUGCCAGUUGCUACUGCUACAGUUGAGAGGAUUUUCUCGAGCAUGAAGAUUGUGAAAACGAAUUUGCGCAACCGCAUCGGUGAUCAAUUUAUGAGUGACUGUCUUAUUUGCUAUGUGGAGAAAGAAGAAAUGAUGAAAAUCACGAAUGAGUCCGUGAUUCGUCGCUUCAUGAAAAUGCAAGAACGCAGAUUUGAUCACAAUUAA